CUGAAGAAAGUUGAGUCAGCCGUCUCGCUCGGCACCGUGCGUCUCCCUCUGGAUGGGACCUGCCAUGCGCCGAUCCUCAUGGAAUUUUCCACCCAAUAUAGAUUUACAGUCGAAAUUGGCAUGUGGUCAGCAAAAAGAGUGACAUUCUGCAGCUCUGCCAACGGAUUCUGCCUGUGGUGCCGUGUUUAGUGUUUGUGCGAGUGCCUCUGCAAGAGCAACGUGAAGGCGCAUUGUGUGGCAGAGUGAGGCAGAAAAAACUGAUAUAUUGUCAAGUCCAGCUACAGCCAUACGACCAUGGAGCGGCGAACAUGAAGUUCAGUAUUAAAGCUGCGUUAAUAGUUACCAGGCGAGAAAUCUUCUCUUCGCACUCGCAACUCCGCUCAAUCACUCAUCAAUUGAGUGGUGCACUUAUUGCUGUACAUUGAGCAAAGGAACUCCAAAUCCCAGUAAAUACUGUGACUUUUUGGUGACCUUUGGGUUACUGAAAUGAACUCGUGAAACUUCUCCAUGUAUUUUUGCUGUGAUUAAGUGUUUGUACAAAGUGGUUUGCAGUGAAUCAUCGUGAAAGAAAAAUCCUCCAAGUAAAAAUCUGCUAAAUGCACGAGAUUGGAUCAGACUCGCGGAUCUUCCCAUCAGUUGACCGAGAAGCGCCCAGAAGUGUGAAUAAUAGUUUGCAAAAUCCAAUGGCAUAAUACAAGUAACAACUAUGGAGACGAGGAAACAUUUGUGAUAGUAGAUUUUAGUGAAUGAGUGUUAAUGAGCUGCACUAGUGUUUUAGAUCUCACCUGAGUGCUCAAUGUUUCUGGCAACUCUUUCACAAUUGCGGAAACGAGUCAAACAGCAAAACAGUCGAUUUCGUGGACUUUUCCACAGCUCGGACGACGAGAAAAAAGUGCAUCGAGUAUUAGUUUAAGCAGCUGCUGCAGUGGAGUGAACAUGGACAACGUGGAGAACAUCUUCGCAACGGACGAGUCCCCUUUCGAGGACUACGGAAUUAACAACAAUGAUCCCGACGAGGACAUUCCCUCAGUGUGGGUCUUCGGCUACGGGUCGCUUUGCUGGAAUCCCGGCUUCGAGUUCACAAAGUGCAUCACGGGCUACAUUCGCGGCUAUGUGAGGCGCUUCUGGCAGGGAAACACAACUCAGAGAGGCACAACGGACAAGCCAGGACGAGUGGCCACUCUCGUGGAGAACAAGGAGGGCAUCACGUGGGGAUGCGCGUACAAGAUUGCAGGGCCAACAGCGUUGGACUACCUUAAGCAGCGCGAGUGCAAGCUUGGCGGCUACAUUGUGGAGUACACCAAAUUCUUCCCCCGCGUGGCAUCGCGGGACUCCGCGCACAGCGGGGAGGCCUUCCCCGUGCUGCUCUACAUUGCCUCCGACGAGAAUGAUCAGUGGGUGGGCGAGGAGCCUGUGGCUUCUCUCGCCACCCACAUCGUGGACGCGCGAGGCUCCUGCGGCCACAACAUCGAAUACCUCCUGCGCCUGGCGACUUUUAUGCGGGAGGAGCUGCCCCAUGCGCACGACGACCACCUGUUUGAGCUGGAGGAGGUGGUGCGGCAGCUCAUGAGCCACCGGCAGAUCAAAUUGAGCGCCGUCAUGGGACGAACGCCACAAAGAAUCAGGCGGGAUUCGCACGAAGAGACACGGAGGCCUAUUUCAUUUGAGUUCACGUCACGCGUGCCGGAAACCAGACUGCGUUGCCUCAACAUUUAGCCCUAUGCGAAACUCUAACAAGAAUUUCAAUUUACAAUUAACAUUUCAAUUGAAUGUACUGACGAUACUGUCGCUUAUCUCAAAAAUACAGCUAAGAAAGAAUUUUUUUAAUGACGAGAUCC